CGUUGUCUCCUGAGUCGCAGAACCGGCACAAGCAAGUUUCAUACAUGCGGUGGAGAAGCUUCCAUUCAAACCGAGACGUUUCUGGAACUUUAAGAGCGUAGCUAUUUCUUAUUUAGGCGUCGUCUUAAAAACAUUUUUGACUCGAUAAUUUCUCUUUUUUUAAGCUAAAGACAGCUUUUGAAGGGAUAUUUUUUAUAAUAGUUUAUUUUUUCAUUAUCCCGCGCGCGCUAUCCCAGGCAGCCGUUUGUGCGCGCGCGCGCUAAUUAGCUUACCGGCUACAAGGAAGUCUUUUCUUCAGGUUAGCCUGCUGUAACGUGUGAAUGAUCUCCUGCCUACUUGUAGUCACAGUUGCACAAUGGCCGGUUGCACCAUCUGCUUGAUUUGCAAGCACCAACACAACAGCAAAAGAUCUAGUAUACUUACUGGAUAGCAAUAACUCUCUCUUUUUAUUCAUACCUCUAGUUUACUUUAAUUGAUUUCUGGUCACCCGCCCAGAGUUUUACAAGUUUGCACUGCUGAAUCUCAGUUAUCCUGAUAACACAGAUUGGCUUAUAGAAAAGCUAUUUAUUUAUUUAAUACCUCUAGAAUUUAUUUGCUACGUUUUUUUUAAAAGUAGCAUUAUUGAAAUAGAUUAGUUUCCCUUAAGAUUGUGAAGGAAUUCCAAUAUAAUAUACAAUCAUGGUUUCACCGACUACAGCUGCGGUCAUACUGGCUGCUACAGCAGCAGCAGUGACAGACACCGCUCUGACAGACUACAUGUGGCUGCUGAUCCUCGGCUUCGUCAUUGCCUUCGUCUUGGCCUUUUCCGUGGGUGCGAAUGACGUUGCGAACUCAUUCGGCACGGCUGUCGGCUCUGGGGUUGUGACCCUGAAACAGGCGUGCAUCCUGGCCACGGUGUUUGAGACUCUGGGCUCUGUGCUGCUUGGGGCGAAAGUGAGCGAGACCAUCCGCAAGGGUAUCAUCGACGUGGGCAUGUACAACGGCUCCGAGCACGUGCUGAUGGCCGGAUCCGUCAGUGCCAUGGUCGGUUCUGCUGUAUGGCAGCUGGCUGCCUCUUUCCUUAAGCUCCCCAUAUCUGGAACUCACUGCAUUGUCGGCGCUACUAUUGGCUUCUCGUUGGUUGCCAAAGGUCAGCAAGGAGUCAAGUGGUUUGAGCUCCUUCGUAUAGUUGCUUCCUGGUUCCUGAGUCCCCUUCUGUCGGGAAUAAUGUCGGGCAUUGUCUUCUACUUUGUGCGCAUGUUCAUCUUGCAAAAGAAAGACCCGGUGCCUAAUGGUCUGAAGGCCCUGCCCGUCUUCUACGCCAUGACUAUGGGAAUCAACCUGUUCUCCAUCAUGUUUACUGGCGCUCCGGUGCUGGGAUUAGACAAAAUCCCCUGGUGGGGCAUCCUGCUCAUCUCUUUGGCCUGUGCUCUGCUGACUGCCAUUGGGGUGUGGUUUAUUGUCUGCCCUCGCCUCAAGAAGAAGAUUGAACGAGAUAUCAAGUCUUCCAGCCCCUCUGAGAGCCCCCUGAUGGACAAGAAGGAGCUCAAAGAGGCCCAGUGUCCUAUCCUGAAGCAGGCGGCCAAGGAGACGUCCACACCCGCUGCACCAGCUGUCAGUCAGAACGCUCCUGAGCCCCAGGCUGCCCCCGAGGAGCGGAGGGUGGCGUUUGACAUCGGAGAGCCUGACGAGGGGGAAAGUAAGGAGCGCAGGGUCGCUUUUAACAUCGGCGACUGUGACGACCCAGACGACUGCAACACAAAUGCCCUAAAAACACACGAGGAGAACGACCAAGUCAAGCUCAACAACCAGCAGAGCAACGGCUCCGCAAACGGUCCCAGUCAGGCCCACCUGAACAACCAGGCCCAGUUCAACAACAGGCCGGCGCAGCUCCCCAGUAACGGCUACAGCCAGUACCACACGGUCCACAAGGACUCCGGCCUCUACAAAGACCUGCUGCACAAGCUGCACCUGGCCAAGGUGGGCGACUGCAUGGGAGAGCUGGGCGACCGGCCCAUCCGCCGCAACAACAGCUACACCUCCUACACGAUGGCCAUCAUCGGCUUGCACGGCGACUUCAGGCACAGAGAGGCGGCUGCCGGUGACGACGGCGACAAGGCGCCGGGCUCCGGCAGUCAGGAGAAGAAGCGCGUGCGCAUGGACAGCUACACCAGCUACUGCAACGCCGUAGCCGAGAACACGACCCCCGAGGGUCUGAGCGAAGGCGACGUGACGCUAGAAAUCAGAAACGAGGACGCGGACAGCAGCCAGAGCUCGCUGGAUGACCGGCAUGAUGAGGACAAGCCUGAAGUCUCCACCCUGUUCCAGUUCCUCCAGAUCCUCACAGCUUGCUUUGGAUCUUUCGCUCACGGUGGAAACGACGUGAGCAAUGCCAUCGGCCCUUUGGUGGCUCUGUGGCUGGUUUACACAACGGGCAGCGUGACCUCCAACGCACCUACACCCAUUUGGCUUCUGCUGUACGGCGGCGUGGGCAUCUGCAUUGGAUUAUGGGUGUGGGGUCGCAGGGUGAUCCAGACCAUGGGCAAAGACCUGACUCCCAUCACCCCUUCAAGCGGCUUUAGCAUCGAGCUGGCCUCAGCCCUGACUGUCGUGGUUGCUUCUAACAUCGGUCUGCCUGUCUCCACCACCCACUGCAAGGUGGGCUCCGUGGUGGCGGUGGGAUGGCUGCGUUCAAAGAAGGCGGUGGACUGGCGUCUGUUCAGAAACAUCUUUAUGGCGUGGUUUGUGACCGUGCCCAUAUCUGGCCUGAUCAGUGCCGCCAUCAUGGCCAUCUUUAUCUAUGGCAUCCUUCUGCUAUAGAGAUAUCGCUUACCUCAAGCCAGCGGCAUUGAAAGGAGAAAGCUUGAAAAGGACUCAUGUGCCUGUGGUUCAUAUUCAACUUAGCUUUUGCUAUUUGUUCCUGUUGGGGAAACAUUGUUCAUAUCUCAUUCUGUAAAUUGUUCAAGCAUCAUCUGAUCCUUUUUUUUAAUUUUUACUGUUUUUACUUUUUCAUUGAUGUAAAUACAACCAUCUUUUGUUUUUGUUUUUUUGGACAGUAUUGGAAAUGCAGUAAUCAGCCUAUCACAUGUAACUUAAAACCCAAAACGUGCUGAAAGUAACGUAGAAGCAAAAGCUGUACUUUAGGUUAAAAACGAGAUGCAUUGCUGUAGGUCUCUUCUCCACUCAGAGUAUUUAACACUUUUAACACUUUUUUUUUUUAAAUAUACACAUAUAUUUUGUAUCAGACUUUUGCCCUUAGCCUGGACAUAAUUUUUUUUCUUUAAGAGAAAAAAAAUACAAAGUCAGCUGAAGUUGGUUAAAGUCGUUCAUCCAGACUCUACUGCAACUGUUUACAGUGUAAUUAUACACUGGACGGCCUCUUCAAAGUUAAUGCCAAGUGCAGAAACGACCCAAACUUGUUCAUCUCAGUUUCAGAUGUAACUGAAUGUCCACCAGCGCUAAUAAUGUAUUCCCAAACAAGACCUUAAGUCUCCUGUUGAAACUUGACUGCAUCAUCCUUGAUGGUUAAUGCUUUAGGCCUGCUUUAGCCUUGUAUUUCCUAGCUCACCUUGUAAAUGCUACUUUCAGUAUGUUUUUUUUUUUUUUUUUUUUUCUGUGAUUUUUGCACCUUCUGAGACAGGUUAUUUAACUAUAAACAAGUGUUUUAAACGAGGCAGAUACCUUUAAAACUGGAAGUGAACUGAUGUGAUAGGUGAACGGGGGCAACGUUGCAUGUGGUCACAUGACUGCAGUACUAAAUGCAUUUCUGACCUAUAGAUGCUGUAGUUGCCUUAUUUUAUUUUAUUUUUUUUUUAGGUACCAAAGAUUAUUUUUAAUUUUUAAAUGCACAUCCUCUGCUCCACUGUUUGUGGAUGGAAAAACAGAAAUAAAAACCGUAAAAUGA